AUGGCGGCUGCAUCGGGAAGAGGUCAGCAAGUUCGCUGUCAAUAUCACCCAGACGCUCAUUUGGCGGAAGAUUACCGCGCUGGUGAUAUGAUUUGCACCGAAUGCGGACUUGUUGUUGGUGAUAGAGUCAUCGACGUUGGAAGCGAGUGGAGAACAUUCAGUAACGACAGUGGGUCAAAAGAUCGCUCCCGAGUCGGUGACGUCGAGAACCGAUUCCUUUCCAACUCCGGUUCCGAUUUGAGUACGAUGAUCGCUGCUCCGACGAACGGAGCAGAGAGCGAAUUCUCCAAGCUGAGUCACCAUCGAAGACACAUGAACGCAGCUGAUCGCGCUCUCAGUGCCGCUUACCGAGAAAUCGGAGCGAUGGCGGAUCGGAUGAACUUUCCUGGAUCGCUGGUGGACCGGGCGAAGGUCAAUUUCAAGGAGGCUUAUGAAUCGCGUCAGUUGAAGGGAAGAUCCAAUGAUGCUAUCGCUGCGGCUUGUCUAUACAUUGCCUGUCGACAAGAAGGAGUUCCACGAACAUUCAAGGAGAUCUGCGCUGUUUGUACGGUUCCGAAGAAAGAAAUCGGCCGCUGCUUCAAGCUGAUCAUCAAGACUCUCGAAAAGAGCGUCAACGUCAUUACAUCAGAAGACUUCAUGAAGCGUUUUUGCAACUCGCUCCGGCUCAACAGACAAGUCGAGGCUGCUUCCAUUCAUAUCGCAAAGAAAUCCGUCGAAUUGGAUUUGGUUGGAGGGCGAUCUCCGCUCUCCCUCGCCGCUGCGGCGAUUUACAUGGCCUCACAGGCGUCUGAAACAAGAAAAACUGCCAAGGAAAUCGGUGACAUUACCGGUGUUGCUGAAGUCACCAUCCGUCAAAGUUACAAACAAAUGCACCCACGCGCAAAAGAUCUGUUCCCUGAAAACUUCAAAUUCGCGAUUCCAAUUUCGCAGCUCCCAAUGUGCUGA